UGGUCGAGUUACAGGCAUUUCAAAGGAGGUAAGGCAUGGGGAGCGCAGAGCCCUGAACAUGAGAGUCAUGUCGCCCUUGGCGCUGUCCUUUUCCAGUCUCUUUAGAAAUAAGGACAGCUUGCAGAGAUUGCUGGUCUGCUGCAACGCCUUGCAAGCGCACGGUGGAUCAUGGUAUCGUUGCGACCGAGCGCCGUUUUCGGGGACAGCAAUGUCUCCGCUGCAACGGUUCGGUGCGUUCGGUGCGUCAAGGAGAGCCGAGCGGGUCUUGGCAGUCUUGACACGCUGUCGAGGUCCCCAGAUCGCAGCAGCAACACUGUGCACCGGUUCCGACAGCGGCCAGGACAUGACAAACUGGCUGUGGUCCAUUUACAACGAAACCAAAAGACAGACCGAAGAUUUGAUUCCAUUAAUAUCAAACAACUCUUUGAACCCCGACACCAUCUUCGCCAACAAUGAGAUGAGCCUGCAGGACAUUGAGAUCUAUGGCUUUGAUUAUGACUACACCCUGGCCUUCUACUCCAGCCAUUUACACACGCUGAUAUUCAACAUUGCACGAGAUAUCCUCAUUCAGCAGCACAGAUACCCUGAGGGACUGCGAGAGUACGACUAUAUCCCAGACUUUGUUGUCAGGGGACUGCACUACGAUGUUCAGAAGACUUUACUGAUGAAAAUAGAUGCCUUCCACUAUAUCCAGUUGGGAACAGUGUACAGGGGUCUUCACCCAGUGCCGGAUAAGGAGGUCAUCGCCAUGUACGAAGGGUCCCAUGUGCCCCUAGAGAUCAUGAGUGACUUCUAUGGGAAGAGCUCCCAUGGCCACACCAUGAAACAAUUCAUGGACAUCUUCUCCUUACCUGAGAUGACCUUGCUCUCCUGUGUCAACGACUACUUCAUGAAGCACAACAUUGACUACGAACCUGUCCACCUCUACAAGGAUGUCAAGGAGGCGAUAGGCGAUGUUCACGUGAAGGGCAUCAUGUAUCGGGCUGUGGAGGCAGAUAUCGAAAAGUAUAUCUGUUAUGGUGAACAGACCCACGCUGUGCUGAGAAAGCUGUCAGAGAAUGGAAAGAAGAUGUUCCUGAUCACAAACAGCCCCUUUGACUUUGUAGAUCGGGGGAUGAACUACAUCGUCGGGAAGGACUGGAGGAACCUCUUUGACGUGGUCAUCGUUCAGGCCGACAAACCAGGCUUCUUCAACGACAGGAGGAAGCCCUUCCGGAGGGUGACGGAUAAAGGCGUGUUGCUAUGGGAUCGCAUUCACCACCUGGAGAAAGGGCAGAUCUACAAGCAGGGCAACCUGUAUGAGUUUCUGCGUCUGACUGGCUGGAGAGGGUCCAAGGUGCUGUAUUUCGGAGAUCACAUCUACAGCGACCUGGCUGACCUGACCCUGAAGCACGGCUGGAGGACGGGGGCCAUCAUCCCGGAGCUGCGCAAGGAGAUCAAGAUCAUGAACAUGGAGGAGUACGUCCACAUCAUGACCUGGCUGCAGAGCCUCACCACCCUGGUGGAGCACAUGCAGGUGCACAGAGACACAGCCUCUCAGAUGGUUGUCCAGGAGUGGAUCAAGGAGAGAGAACGCAUGAGAUUGCGGGCGAAGGGCCUAUUUAACUCCCAGUUCGGGAGCCUCUUCCGCACCUACCACAACCCCACCUACUUCUCGCGCCGGCUCUCCCGCUUCGCGGACAUCUACAUGGCGUCGCUCAGCUGCCUGCUGCGCUACGACCUGCGGCACACCUUCUUCCCCCGCCGCACCCCGCUGCAGCACGAGGCCCCCUUCUGGCCGGAGCAGACCUGCGCCGGAGCCAUGAAGAUCCCCUUCCAGGCCCAGAGGGCGCAGGUCACGUCCGAGUAGAGGCUCUCGCAGAGGGACACCCCUGGAGCGGAGGUUUCCCCCCCGUUGUAGAGGUUCUCCAACAGACAUGCCAAAAGAGGAGUUUCCAUUCAUAGACAUGCCCCCCACAGGGUAGACACGCCCACAGAGGAGGUUCUCUGACAGACAAAACCAGAAAGGAGUUUCCCCUCAUAGACAUGCCCCCACAGGGUAGACACGCCCACAGAGGAGGUUCUCUGACAGAUAAAACCAGAAAGGAGUUCCCCUCAUAGACACGCCCCCACAGGGUAGACAUGCCCACAGAGGAGGUUCUCUGAGAGACACUGUCCCCCACUGUCCUGUCCCUGUACUGUCGCUAUAUUUACUGUAUGCACUUUAGUACAUCGCUUUGGAUAAAAGCGUCUGCUAAAUACAUAAAUGUAACUGUAGAAGAGUUUCCCCUCAUAGACAUGCCCCCACAGGGUAGACACGCCCACAGAGGAGGUUCUCUAACAGACAUACCCAGAGAGGAGUUUCCCCUCACAGACACAGCUCCAUAGGGUAGAUACAUCCACAGAGCAGGUUUUAUGACACGCCCAGACACAAAUUUCUCCUCAUAGACACAACUUCAUAGGACACACCCAGAGAGAAGUUUCCUCUGUAGACACAUCCACAAUAGGGGCUCCCCUAAAAACACAUCAUGUGACACGCUCUCCCUCUGCCUGGGGCUUGCUGCUUUUGGAUAAUCCUCUCAAAGUGGGCAUUGUAUUGUUGGGUGAACAUAAAAAUAAGAACCCUCUAGCUGCACCGCAGUUGCCCAAUCAAAGACUUUCCCUGGGCUCCAUUCUCAAACACUUUUGGACUUUGCCAAGAAAACAUUAUUUCCAGCUGAAUUUACAUGUGCUUGUGAUAGCAAGAUGAAAUAUUGAUAGUUUUUAGAGAACAACUGUUUUUACUCUGUAUCAGGGACUUUGUUAUCUUUGUUCUAGAAAGUACUAUUACUGUAUCAUACUUCCACCUUUAAGCAUGUGCACUGGAAAUGUAUUUGAAAGGAGGUUAGAAACUUGUUCUACUAAUUCUAAUGUAUGACUACGUGACUGAAAGUUAAACCCAAGAGUGGUUUGGUAGAAUGUACUUAAGUGUGCUAAGUACAAAGUACUAAGCACAUAGCUAGUCACUCCAUCCCAGACUACAUGGCUACCUUUGACAUCUAGCCACGCACACAUCAUGGGUUUCAGGGUGUCACUUUCAAACACAAGUCUAACCCCAGAGGACCUACAGUAAUACUGAAAGCAAUAAUAUGAUAUAUUUAAAGGCUCUGACAACGUCAUGUUUUUAAAAAAUGGAUUUUCAGGAACAGCCGCUGUGUGGCUGUGGGAGCCUCCUCCUGCUGCUGGCUUACUCUUGUCAUAUCACUACAAGGCAGCAGGGGGCGCCAGAUGCAGAUCUGUCCUCGAAGGCAGCCAUGCCCAAGUGAUGCUGUCUGUGGAUGUGAUGUCCCUCCAGACAGCCCUUGCACCAGUAUGUAGUGAAUUGCCAUAAAAUGUGCUGGCAAAAGCAACCUAUGGCAGCCAUCUUGAUUGGUUCAAUCAGGCAUACACUUGAAAGUCAGCUGGGAGGAAUAUUCCUUAUGUGUUGAGCUGUAUGGCCCCUUUUUGAGGUUUGCGACACAAAUAACCACAAUAAUGACUUGUUUCAUUUGACAGUCUCUGCAAAAGCAAUUGUGGUUUGGAUUGGGGUCAGGGUGAGGUAGGUCACAUCUGUCACAAGACGGCUUUGGCUAGAUCCUCCUGCCUCCAGCCAGACCCAGCAGUGACGGACAGACAGCGACAAAACUGACCUGCAGAGAUGUCAGAAAAUGGGCGUGGCAGGUCUGAGAGGGGGGGUUGGGAAGAGUUGGGAAGGGUUAGGGGGGUGGGUAGGUGGAAAUUAUUCAUAUUCGAUGUGUCGCCUUAUGUCUCAGCUGAAACCGUGCACAAUUAGGUGAAGCUUUACCCACACAGCAACUCUCUCGCCAAAACGCUGCCGCUCUCUGAUGCUGCCCGCUGUUUCCCUGAUCACUGCAGUCAUAGAGCUGAACUCCCGCAUGCCGCCAAACCUCGGCAACUCCAGAAAAAUGACUAAUUCCAGCAGCAGCGUUUGAAAGGGCAGCGCUGUGCUAUGGAGGAGAGUGUAACUGAGUGGACAGCUUUUUGCAUGUGGCAGAGAUAAGCUCACAUGAGAAGACAAGAUUGUUCUAUUUUUUUAGAGAGAACGUCAGUGUUUUUUCUUUUCCUCUUGCCUUAGCAUAUCCUCUUUUUGUUGUUGUGAUUUAGGAUGUAUUUGGAUGUUGUUUCAGACUGGUUCUUUUUUUUUUUAAUCCUCUGGCUCUUAAUAUACAGCAUGGAAUUGUAUAACUAAGUGUUUUAUUUAGCUGACAUCGUAGGUUUUGUUCUGAAUGUGGGUUCUUCUUCAAACGUGUGGGUUGAAGUAGCCCAAACAACAAGCAUGCAUCAUGAAAACUGCCUGUAUUAUUUAUAUAUUGUAACCAUUUCAAAACCCAGCACCUUAGUCGGUUGAAAAUAACAGAAGUCUGUCUCUGGUCAGUGCUUAAAAGGGAAAUUAAGACGCACUGGAGCCUGGACCUGCCGCAACCUGUCAGUCAAAGCUAUCAAGCUCCAUUUCCUGUGUGUGAAAUGGCUGGGAAUCACGUGGUUACUGUGCUUGGUUUACAGUCUUUUUACUUUCACCUGUACUUUGUUUUACUUUUUGAAUGUACUCUGUAAUUAUUUAUUAAAAUGGCUGGC